GCUAAAACCAUUGUGAGCUAUCGUGGCUUAUCUUUCAUUUUGCUAUUGUGCAUUAUGUUCUACAGAUCUAUUUUUGUAAUUCUGUUUUUACGAGCCCUGGAUACCCAACCAGUCCAGUUUCCUCCAUCAGUGAAAGUCAGUACUGGGCAAUCUGUCACUUUAAGCUGUAACAUUGUAAAUGGUCCUACUUACUGCCAAGAUAUAGAAUGGUAUAUCUUACAGCAUCCAAAAAUAUUUCGUCAUCUGAAAAGUGAUAAUAAGUCUUCUGUUCUUCGUGGAGUUGAAGAGAGAAACUGUGCUUUAACGAUCAAGGAUUUGGAAAGAAAUUACUCUGGAACUUAUUUUUGCUCUGCGUGUAAUGCUUUUCUUAGUGCAUUUGGAAAUGGAACCAAACUGAUUGUCUCAAAUGAAAAAAUGGUCAUUCCCUCUGUUACUAUUCUCACUCCAUCAGCUGAAGAGAUUGUGAUCAGAAACAAAGUGACACUCAUCUGUCUAGUGUAUGGUGCUACUUUUCAGCAGAUUAUAAUGUUCUGGAAUAUCUCUGGGAAAAUUACUUCUGGUCUAAUCGAACCUGUAGAAGGUAUAUCCAAGGCAAACUACAGUAUAAGAAACCAGCUAACUAUCCCAGCUGUUACUUGGAAUAAUGGCAAUAACUGCACUUGUGUGGUGGAAAGUGAAUCUGGUCACAUUGUAAUGGCAAGUAUAUGGAAAGGAAUAAGAAGAAAACUGUGA